AUGCUUAUCGCGAUCGUCUCCGAUCAUGUCCGCCAUCGCUUCCUUUUUGUGCUCAUUCCAACUGCCAUUGCGCUCGCGGGGUUCGUGAUUCUGCUUAUGGUGCACGACAACGCGCAUCUGCAGUAUGCAGCACUCUUUUUGGCGGCUAUGGGUACCUACUCGGCAAUGCCAGUGAUGGUGUGCUGGUUCAACACUAAUCUGGCCGGUCACCACAGGCGUGCGGUUGGGACUGCUUGGCAGGUCGGAUUUGGCAACAUCGGUGGUAUUAUCGCCGUAUACGCCUUCCUCGCGGAAGAUGCCCCGAAAUAUAUUACGGGGUACAGUCUCUGCAUUGCAUUCGUCUGCUUAUCCGCCCUAGCAGAUCUCGUCUAUUUCCUAAGCGUAAUUCACGAGAACCGAAGGCGAGAUGAAGCUCGCGCCAGGGGUUCCACUAUACUUGGCAAGCCUGUGGAGUCCGAAGCGGGAGAUCUGAACCCGGAUUACAGAUAUUUGCUAUAG